CUGUGUUUGAACCAUUUGAACCAUCUGAAGCACUUCACGGUCCACGAAGCGUACAGAGUGACAACUUUUCGGUUUUCAGACUUGAUCGCCAUGAUAAAGGCACGGUUGCGCUCUUCAAAGAGAGGCUCGCGACCUGUAGAGCCUGCUCAGACGGCUACUGCGUGCUCUAAAAGUAGAGCUCGUUCAGCCGCACUUAAGAUUGAAUAUUCUGAUGGUCCGCGUCGUGAAAUGGGCGAAACAAGCCUCUCUUGGGUGCCUGAAAAUUGGAAGGAGAUGUUGGAAAAUAUUCGCAAAAUGCGCCGGACAAUCGAAGCUCCCGUUGACACCAUGGGCUGCGACAAGUGCCCCGACCAGUCAGUUCCACAGAAGCUUGUUCGGUAUCAGCUUCUGGUUUCACUGAUGUUGUCAAGCCAGACAAAGGAUGAAGUGACACAUGCAGCAGUGGGACGCCUUCGUGAGUUUACCUUGACUCCAGAGAGUAUUGCAGGAGCAGAUGAAAAGCAGAUUGAACAACUCAUCUACCCUGUUAGCUUUUACAAGAAUAAAGCCAAGCAUCUGAAGCAGACCGCCAAGGUGCUUUUGGAGAAUUAUGAUGGAGACAUUCCAGACAGUGUGGAAGGCCUGUGCCGUCUCCCUGGAGUUGGGCCCAAGAUGGCCUACCUGGCCAUGAGCUGUGGCUGGGGUCGCACUGUGGGCAUUGGUGUAGACACGCAUGUGCACCGCAUUUCCAACAGACUUGGCUGGCUGCCAGCACCCACCAAGACACCCGAACAGACACGCAAAGCACUCGAGGCUUGGCUACCCAGAGAGCUGUGGGACGAAGUGAACCACCUGCUGGUGGGCUUUGGCCAGACGGUGUGCAAGCCAGCUGGUCCCAAGUGUUCGUCCUGCCUCAACGUGCAGCUGUGCCCUUUCAGCAGGGAGCACGGUUUCACAAAGUGAGCCCCCAUCCUGGGCUCUUCCAAGGCUGGACUAAGUGCAGUUGGUCAUGGUGCCUUGCCUUGGCUUAAGAAAUCCCGUUUUGCUUCAUGGACAGACAGCGAGCAACGAUUGUUUUUUGUUGAGCUCGCAAUUCAAAAAGCCUCUUUAUCACCGCUUAAAAAAGGGAAAGGACAAGUAUGAUUUGAAAGCAAUCUUUAUUUUUAAAAUAGUGCACAUGUUUCUUCAUGCAGUUAAAAAUUACGACUCUCCUAAAAUCUUUCUUUGGCAGACGGGCACUUUUUGGCCAUUUGUAGUAAUAUAGGCAAGCACUUUUGCAUGCGGAGCAAAAACGGUCACUUUGUAUAUAAGCACUGUCACGUCUUCAAACUGCAAGUCUGAAAUUCACAUAGAAAAACACAAACUUGGCCAUCCUUAAAUAUCACAACCUUAUAUGCAGGCACAUACUUAUUAUGUCUUGUAAACAAGGGUCCUGCCAAGCAUGCCAGUACACUGUUUUCAUCACGGAAAAGUGGACAAUUUCGCCAGUAAGGUGACAUUGCUCUGGUAGACUGCACACAAUAAAGUUUUGUCGAUUUACCAGCCAUAUAUUAGUAACCACACACUCACUACUCAAAUGAGCCAGCAGGGCUUCCAGCAUGCAAACAGCCCUCAUCAACGAGUGUCCAAAACUUGGAGAUAACACCACCUUCAGCCCAGUGCAGAGCUAGCACAGACGCGGAUUUCUAGUGGACUAAACGUACACUCUCCCCCACAGCGUAUGUGCAGGGCAAGGUAGGAUAUUAUCACACUUGGAGUUUGUCUGGAACACAAUGUCAAAUGUUGACCCUGCAAAUGCAACACCAUGUGUGGCUGGUACAGGAAGGCACUAGUGGGCAAAUGUAUCAAAUAAUUCUGGCCCAAAUAAAGCUCUUUACACAUUGAGUGGCACUGCCCAAUCAGCAUUGCCACUGGUUUUUCAGCAUUUUCUUUGAACAUUCUGUCCUCAAGGUCAUGAGCUCUUUUCCUUGCAUAAGUGCAUGUGAGUGUUUUCUGAUACAGUUGCACCCUUUCAUAAGAGACACUGAAUUUUGGUUAUAAGAGACAUCGAAACAGGGGUUGUUCAGAAACAGCUUAUAAGAAACGCCUCGUAUAAGGGGUUACACUGUACUUCUAUUACAGGCGGCACAAAGUAAACUAAUGCGAGUUCUUCAUAGAAGCACUUAGCAUGUGUCAACUGCAAAAAUAGUGCAGUCAGCUGCCAAUUUUUUGGACAUGCUUGACCAUUCGGACGCUUUUACGGCACUGUCACAAGCUCCAUAUAAGUCAACAUAUCAGCGAUUUUUCGUACUUUCUGCCCAAUUUGCAGGUCCGAAAUGGCAUUAAUUGAAGCCACCAGCACUGCGCCGUCAAUUAUUUUACAGGCUUGAAUGAGCGCUUUCGCGAGUACAUCCAUUUGUGGCCGUAGCGAAUUCCAAAAGUCAGCUUUGUCACAAUGCCAAGGUACUAUGCGGUGAAGCGUACCGAGUAUCAAGGGAUUCCUGUCACGGCGUGAGUGCGGUGACACCUUUGGAUAAAUGCAUGAAGAUGUGAUGCCGGCAGGCAGCGAAUGCACCAGCACGACUUAAUCACUGAAACACGAUUAUUAUGAGCAUCUUCAGCUAACUGCUCGGUAGUACACGUG